AUGUCAUCUCCAAGCGUCGAUGUUAGGCCACAGGGGCCAACUAAAGUCGUUUCAGACCUCUUCUUAAGCUCUACAUGGAGCGACUUAACCAUCGUUUGCGGGGAUGUUGUGUUCCCAGCCCAUAAAUGCGUCGUGUGCCCUCAAUCUGGGUACUUUUCUCGCGCGUGCAAUAGCAGCUUCAUUGAAUCCUCCGGAAAGAUUGUGAUAGAGGAGCUUGAGCCCAUUUAUCUUGAAAAGACCCUACAGUUUCUCUACAAAGGAGAUUACACCAGACUGAGCGAUAUAGACACCUCUCCUACAGUGGAGUUUGGCCAUCCCAGCCCCAUCCCCAGUCCGAUCGUUCGAAGCUUCCCACAUACUACCUUGUCAUCUGGGGCAAAUGGUGGACUUUCGAAAUUUCAUGUCCAUAUGUACGAGCAAGGAGAAUAUUUCCAGAUCCAGGACCUCAAAGAGAAGGCAAAAGAGCAUUUCAAAGAGUGUUUCUUGCGUGACCUUGACAGACUGUUCUUCCGUUCAACUGUGAACGAGGUCUACUGUUCAACGAUUGAGACGGAUCGCGGGCUUCGAGACAUCGUGAUCGAGACCGUUCUAAAUGAUCUGCCCACGUUGAUCAAUGGAACCUCAACAUAUAUCUACAAGGAGGAUCUGCAAGAGAUACCCGAAUUUACAGUUGACCUGUGCAUGGCAAGCCUUGCUCAGAACGUGUGCCUCAUGAGCGUCAUCUCAGAAUGGAAAGGAUAA